GUACAACUUCUUCGACAGAAGACGGAACACUCGUACAAAUGGGCAACGGGAUUAUUCCAUUGAUGGUGGUGGCGAUGGUCCCGAUAAUAGCUGGUACCAUCGGGCAGCGUGCUCUGAACAAGAGGAACGCACCGACGAAUCUCGAUUAUCCUGACUAUCCGACCAAAUACGACGAGUAUCCGGUGGUUAUGCCGAAGAGAGCGGCUCUUUUGUUCGAUCAAAUAAUGGUAGCAUUACAGAAGGUAGUGGACAAUCAGGGCAGAGAAGAACUCGGAGGCAGCAGAACAUUCACGAGAUCUUCGGGGGCUCACCUACCAAGUGGAAAUUCGCAGAUCGUUCCAUCAGCGGACGAACAAACAGUGAAGAUGGACCUUCAACGACGCGGACAGGCGAAAGGGCGAGUUUACUGGCGUUGUUACUUCAACGCUGUAACAUGCUUCAAGAGAAAGUGAUAAUGAACCGACGUAACCAGUUUACACCGCGACUUCGAAACCCGAUUCGACCACAAGAUUCCUCGCAUGCUUUACCCGGUCACAAGAGAAACAAAUAAAUCACUAACUCAGGACAAGCUAGACCCUAAGUUCAAAGAUAAUUUUGUCUUUUCGUACGAAUGUUACCACUUUUCUGUCUUCGAGUACCUUUCCGUCU